AUGUCCCCGGUCGUACUAUCCAAGCCGGAGCCCGGAGAGGAUCUGGACGUUUACUUAGGAGUAUCGGACCGAGCAGUCAGCGCGGUCCUCUGCAGGACCGACGAACAGAACGUCCAGCGACCGGUCUAUUACGUCAGUCAUGCCCUGAAUGGACCGGAGACCCGAUACUCUCGGUUGGAAAAGGUAGUGUAUGCCUUGUACAUAGCCGCGAAGAAGCUUACCCCGUAUUUCCAAGGCAGGACAGUUCACGUGCUCACCGACCAGCCCAUCGGGUCCGUCCUCCGGAACUCCAACUCAUCCGGCCGAUUGGUCAAGUGGGCCCUCAUGCUGACCCAAUUCGCCAUGGAAUACAAACCGCGACCGGCAAUCAAAGGACAAGCUCUUGCCGAUUUCGUAGUGGAAUGCACGGCCCGGGAAAUCGAGACGACGCCUCAACCGGGCCCGGAUGAACAAUGGUGGGAGUUGGCAACUGAUGGCUCGAGCAGCAAGAGAGGAGCGGGCGGAGGAGUAGUGAUCAUCAGCCCGGAAGGCUUUAAGUUAUAUCACGCCUUGAUUUUCUCCUUUUCUCCCACCAACAACGAAGCAGAGUACGAGGCAUUCAUAGCCGGCCUCCAAUACGUCAGAAGGCUUGGCGCGCAAUACGUUCGAGCCAGGACCGACUCCGCUCUGGUCGUUGGCCAGGUCUUAGGAAACUUCGAGGCCAACGGGGAACGACUGAUACAGUACAGAAACCGAGUGUUAGCACUCCUCGCGGAUUUCCAAGGUCAUGCGGUCGAACAUGUUCCCCGAGCAGAGAACGUGGACGCCGACGUCUUGUCCAAACUCGUGCAGGAGGCACCCGAGCACAUUUCUAAGAUAGCCCGCAUAGAAGAGCUGACCCAACCCGUCAUCGACACGCUAGAGGUUGCUCCGGUGGAACCAACAGAAAAGAGUUGGAUCGAAGAUUUGAUGCAGUACCUGACCGAUGGCCGCGUCCCCGACGACGAAGAAAGGGCUCACAAAGUUAAGCUGAGAGCACCACGUUUCCAGGUCAUGGAGGGAAAGCUUUACCGACGAUCACACGGUGGCCCUUUGAUGCGAUGCCUUAACGACUUCGAGGCCGACUUGGUAAUGACCGAGCUCCACUCUGGGAUUUGCUCGUCGCACCAGGGCGGUAAGGCUUUGGCGAGAAGAAUAAUGCUGAUAGGAUACUACUGGCCUUCGAUCCAACUCGACUGUAAGAGGGUGGUCCGAGAGUGCAAAGCUUGCCAGCUGUUCGCCAAAGUGCCCGGUCGACCGGCCACCUUUUAUCAACCUGUUAGCACGGCCAUCCCGUUCGCAAGAUGGGGAGUUGACAUAGUUGGCCCGUUCACCCGAGUAGCCGGUCGGAAAAGGUUCAUUAUCGUGGCAAUCGACUACUUCUCAAAGUGGGUCGAAGCGGAACCGUUGGCAACCAUCACGUCGCAGCAGUGCGCCAGGUUCCUAUGGCGCAAUGUGGUCUCCCGGUUUGGAGUCCCCGUGCAGCUGGUCACGGACAAUGGGAAGCAGUUUGAGGGGGCUUACUUCGCAAAUUUCCUGGCAACGAUCGGCACUAAAGCGAUUAAGUCAUCCGUCGCGUACCCGCAAGGCAACGGCCAGGUCGAAAACGCCAACCGGACCAUCCUGGACGGGUUGAAGAAAAAGUUGUACUCGGCAGGACGAAAUUGGGCGGACGAGCUACCGUACAUCCUAUGGGCAUACAGAACAACCCCGCGAGAAGCAACCAAGGAGACCCCCUUUGCACUGGUCUACGGUGCGGAGGCCAGACUACCGAUCGAGGCGUGGGUACCGACUGCCCGAGAGAAGGAGUUUGACCCCGAUGCCAACGACGAAAUGAUGGCGGUUGAACUAGACUCUGUUGAAGAGAAACGAGAGCAGGUAGCUAAAAGAGUGAUCGAAUACCAGAAGAAAGCAAAGGCAUACCAUGACGCUCGGGUUAGAACGAGGUAUUUUCAAGUGGGCGACUUCGUUCUAAGGAAAAGAGAAGCCAGCCGCCCCCUAGAGGGUGGGGAGUUAUCCCAGAGUUGGGAAGGUCCGUAUGUGAUAGCCGCAGUCAUACGCCCGGGAACCUACAAGCUACAAACAACCACCGGGAAGGCUGUAGAUAGGGUGUGGAACUCGGAAAACCUUACGCUUUUCCACCAUUAG